AUGGCAAACGAAAAAGCAAAGUGUGCUUGUGAUGCUGUUUUAAAUCGCAAAAAAGGUGCAACAACAGGAUUGAGAAAGCAUUUACUUCAAGGACAUAAACGUCAAGCAUUUGGAGUGACGUCAACAAAACCACUUUCAAAAUCUUGUCAACUUUCAACUGAACAACAGAAAAACUUCGACUCAUUAACCAUUAAAUUUAUUAUCGAAGAUGGUCGAAACUUUACUGAUAUGAAUAAGUCAGGUGUACUGAAGGUGUUCGAUCACUUAGUGGAAGGUUAUGUACCACCACAUCGUUAUACGGUCCAACGUACUUUAAAACGAUUAGAAUCUGAAUAUGAAGCUUCAUCAAUCAACGAGUUAUCAAUUGUUCAAUCUGUACGUGUAACCUGCGAUUUUUGGAAUGGCAAAUGUUUUCAAUCAUGCAUGUGUCUAACCGUAAUUAUAUCCUACUUUGUUAUUUAUUCACCCAAAUAUCUGUGUAAAACGGCAAUCAUUUUUCUCAGUUGUUCCUGCCAUAUCAAAUAA